AUGGACCUGUUAAAAAGUCAAAUAGAUCUAGAUUCUUUUCUAGAAAAUUUAGAUAAUAAGUCUACUUAUAAUGAUAUAUUUAUAUCUAUGUUACACAAUCCUACAUCUGAUUUACUUUCUAAACUCGUUAUUAAUAAUUUCUCUCGAAUGAUAACUGAUUUAAAAUAUUUGAUAAAAUUUAAAUUUUCUAGACUAAAACCAGUUAUACAGAAAAAUAUUUCUAAAAUAGUUAUUCUUCUUUUUGGAUACACUGUUAAUAUUGACACAUUAAUAAUUAAUCUAUUAAGACAAGGUUACACUAAUUUUCCUGUAGAACAUAAAUAUUUUAAAGAGUUUAAAAAUGCGCUACCGUAUAUUAAGUUACAUAAUGGUGAUAAUUUUGCAACAUCUUCUUUAUCUACGCUUAUUACUUUUGAAAUGGAGACAGAUAUUAUUUUUAUGUCUACAGUAGAAAAUAAUAUUGAGUUUUAUGCACAUGUUUUUUUAAAAAAAUAUCAGCAUAAAACUCAGGACAUUUUGAGAUUUUUAAAAUAUAAAAAGUUUACAGGUAAAAAUAUAGAAUACAUAAUAAAUUGUAUAAAAAAAAUAUUGGGAUAUGAAACUCUUGUAGAAUUUGUAGAUGAUAAUAUAGAAAAUAUUAAUACUACUAAAGAAAAAGAAGUUAAAGAUAAUAAUUUAAUAAAUUUAGAGAAGAAAAAUACACAAGACAUUUUAAUGUCAAUAGCUGAUUUAUCAUUUCCUAAAUAUUAUGCAAUAAUACAAAAUAUGAAAAUUAAUAAGUGUACUUUUAUUCAUCCAAGUAAGUAUAAAGAUGUAGUUUUCUCUUCAUUUGAAUAUGAUAAUUAUGUACAAGUAUAUUUAUGGAAGAUUCUUAUUUACCAGAAAAUACUUUUUGAUAUUGAAAUAGAAAUUGAAGAAAGUGAUCUUAAGACUGAAGAAGCAUUAGAAGGAUAUGACAUAUAUUUAAAUAUACAUUAA